AAAGCUUGCAAGAAGGCGACACACACGGCAGCCACCAUAAGCUCUUAUAAUAAAGUUGACAAAUUUAGAGGCAGAUCGGAAGAAAGAACGGCAAGUGGAAAUCAAGGCACAACUCAUGGCGUAUUGGAUGAUUUGAAAACAGCCGAAGAGCACUAUAAACGUCGUCUGGAAAUUGCGAAAGAAACGGGUGACCGGUACGGCGAAGGAAAUGCGUGUGGUAAUCUUGGCAACGUCCUUUACCGUUUGGGAGAUUUUAAAACAGCUAGAGACUACCAUGAACAUCACCUAACGGUUGCAAAAGAACUGGGUGACAGAUACAGAGAAGGAAACGUGUAUGGUGAUCUUGGCAAUGCCUAUUACAGUCUGGGAGAUUUUAAAACCGCCAUGGACUACCAUGGGCGUCAUUUGAAAAUUGCGAAAGAAUUUAGUGACAAAUCCGAAGAAGGAAGAGCGUAUGCAAAUCUUGGCAAUAGUUCUCUCAGUCUUGGAGAUUUAACAACAGCCUUAGACUACCAUAAACGUCACCUAAAAGUUACGAAAGAACUGGGUGACAGAUCCGGCGAAGGAGCAGCAUGUGGCAAUCUUGGCAAUGCCUAUUUCAGUCUUGGAGAUUUUAAAGUGGCCAUGGACUACCAUGAGCGUGACUUGAAAAUUGCAAAAGAAUUAGGUGACAUAUCGGGAGAAGGAAGAGCGGUUGGAAAUCUUGGCAAUGCCUAUGAGAAAUUGGGGGAUUCCAAAACAGCCAUAGACUACCACAGACGUCAUCUAAAGAUUGCUAAACAAUUGGGUGACAGAUUAGCAGAAGGAGGGGUGUACGGCAGUCUUGGUGUCGCCUAUCAAGGUCUGGGAGAUUGUAAAAAGGCCAUAGAUUACCAUGAACGUCACCUUAAAGUUGCGCAAGAACUGGGUGACAGAUCCGGAGAAGGAAGAGCAUGCGGCAAUCUUGGCAAUGCCUAUUACACACUAAGAGAUUUUAAAAAAGCUUUAGACUUCCAUGAACGCGACUUGAAAAAUGCCAAGGAAUUAGGUGAAAGAUUGGCGGAAGGAGAGGCGUGUGGCAAUCUUGGUCUCGUUCAUCACGGUCUAAGAGACUUCAAUACAGCCAUCUACUACCUUGACCUUCACUUACAAAUUGCAAAAGAAGUGGGUGACAGAUCCGGAGAAAGAAGAGCGUGUGGCAAUCUUGGUAGUAUCUUUUACAGUGUAGGAGAUUUCAAAACUGCUGUAGACUACCAUGAACGUGACCUGAAAAUUGCAAAAGAAAUGGGUGACAGAUCCGGUGAAGGAAAAGCGUAUGGCAAUCUUGGCAAUGCUUAUUACAGUCUAAGAGAUUUUAAAACAGCCAUGGACUAUUAUGAGCGUGUGUUGAAAAUUGCGAAAGAAUUAGGUGACAGAUCCGGAGAAAGAAGGGCGUAUGGCAAUCUUGGCGAUACCUUUCACAGUGUAGGAGAUUUUAAAACUGCUGUAGACUACCAUGAACGUGACCUGAAAAUUGCAAAAGAAUUGGGUGACAGAUCUGGUGAACGAAAAGCGUAUGGCAAUCUUGGCAAUGCUUGUUACAGUCUAAGAGAUUUUAAAACAGCUGUGGACUAUUAUGAGCGUGUGUUGAAAAUUGUGAAAGAAUUAGGUGACAGAUCGGGAGAAGGAAAAGCUUAUGCAAAUCUUGGCAAUGCCUGUGAAAGUCUGGGAGAUUUUAAAACAGCCAAAGACUACUAUGAAUGUGAACUAAAGAUUGCGAAAGAAUUGAGUGACAGAUCGGGAGAAGGAAGGGCGUAUGGCAAACUUGCUAUGGCCUAUUACAAUCUAGGAAAUUUUAAAACCGCCAUAGACUAUUAUGAGCAUAUUUUGAAAAUGGCAAAACAAUUUGGUGACAGAUCAGGGGAAGGAGAAGUGUACGGAAACCUUGGCCUCGCUCAUUUUGGUCUGCGAAGUUUUAAAACAGCCAUAGACUACCACGAACGCCAUCUGAAUAUUGCAAAAGAAUUGAAUGAUAGACGGGGAGAAGGAAGAGCGUAUUGCAGUCUUGGCAAUGCCUAUUACAGUUUAGAAGAUUUCAAAACAGCCGAAGACUACCAUCAACGUCAUCUCAGAGUUACGAAAGAAUUAGGUGACAGAUCGGGAGAAGGAUACGCAUAUGGCAAUCUUGGCAACGUCCAUACCAGACUGGGAGAUAUUAAAACAGCCAAAGAUUACUAUCAGCGUCAACUGAAAAUUUCGAAGGAAUUGGGUGACAGAUUGGGAGAAGGAAGGGCGUACUGCAAUCUUGGCGGCGCCCACUACAGUCAGGGGGAUUUUAAAACAGCGAAAGACUACCAUGAACGUCAUCUGAAAAUUGCAAAAGAAUUGGGUGAUAGAUCGGCAGAAGGGGGAGCGUAUGGAAAUCUUGGCGAAGACCAUCGUAGGCUGGGAGACGUUGAAAGGGCCAUUGAGUACCAUAAACGUCAUCUGCAAAUUGCUAAAGAAUUUGGUGACAGAUCUGAAAAAGGAAGAGCGUAUGGUAAUCUUGGCAUCAUCAAUGAGAGGCUGGGAGAUUUUAAAACAGCCAUUGAGUACUAUGAGCAUCGGCAAAAAAUUGCGAAAGAACUGGGAGAAAAACUGGGGGAAGGAGUAGCGUGUUGCAAUCUUGGCUGCGCCCAUUUCAGUCUUGGAGAUUUCGAGGCAGCCAAGCAAUACCAUGAAUGUGGCCUAAGAAUUGCGAAAGAAUUGGGUGACAGAUCAUUAGAAGGAAUGUCAUGCGGCAAUCUUGGCAGCACACAUAUCAGUCUGGGAGAUUUAAAAACGGGCAUAGAAUACCACAAACGUCACCUGAAAAUUUCAAGAGAAUUGGGCGACAGAUCUGGGGAGAGAACGGCGUAUUGCAACCUCGGCAUCGUCCAUCGCAAACUAGAAGACUUUAAAACAGCCAUACACUACCUUGAAUGUAGCCUGGAAAUUUCGAAAGAGUUGGGUGAAAGGUUGGGAGAAAGAAUUGCCUAUGGCAAUCUCGGAAAUGUUCAUGCUAGUAUGGGAGAUUAUAAAACAGCCAUAGACUACCACAAACGUCAACUGAAAAUUGCGAAGGAAUUGGGUGAUUCAUUGGGGGAGGCAAUCGCUUGUUCGAAUCUUGGUGGAUCCUUUAAAUAUCUAGACCAAGUUCCAGUGGCUGUUGGAUAUUAUCAGCUCGGUAUUGCUUUAUUUAAUGAUGUCCGAAAUCGUCUUCAUCUCAACGACGAGUUGAAAGUGAGCUUACGUGAUCAAUAUCAAAGAAUUUACGCCGAACUUUGGCGCUUGAUGUUGGCAGAAGGCAAGGUUACGGAAGCUUUGUUUUCUGCAGAGCAAGGACGUGCACAGGGUCUGAAAGACCUAAUGGCAUUCAGUUAUGGAUUUGAAAUGGCUGAUGCUGAAUCAGAUCAAGAAGACAGUACCUUUCAUGAAAUCUCCAGCCGUAUUCCUCUGAAUACAAUAUUCAUGGCGUUUGCAGAGAACGAAUUGGUGUUUUGGGUUAAAAAAGGUAAGGGGUUUGAAUUAAGAAGAAAGCAAAUCAGUUGGCAGGAUGAAAUCGACACUUUUUUUGAGUGUCUUGUGGAGGUUGUGGGUCAGGAAAUCGGUGUAAGACAUUAUGUUAACUGUGAAGAUCGCUCCUUUCAGUUGGUGAAGGAUAAGACACUGGAAGUUGAAAGAUCAACUGGUGAUGGCAGAAAAACCCACCAGUUACACCUUCAAAGUAGUGGUUUGAAUACAUUGUACGACAUCAUCAUUGAACCUAUCCAAGAUCUUCUUGUGGGAAAUGAACUUAUAUUUGUCCCGGAAGGUCCACUUUGCUUGGCUUCUUUUGCUGCAAUUAAGGGUCCAAAUUCUAAAUACCUCUGUGAAUCAUUCAGAAUUCGCGUGGCUCCGUCUCUCACCAGCUUAAAAAUGAUUGCAGAUUGUCCAUUAGAUCACCACUGCAAGUCUGGUGUGCUUCUUGUGGGCGAUCCAUGGGUGCAAGAAGUGACAGAGCUAGGGGGGUUGCCCUAUGCCAGAGAGGAAGUUGAUAUGAUUGGCAGAAUGCUCGGCUGUACGCCUCUUAUUGGAAGACAGGCCACAAAAGAUGAGGUAUUAAGACGACUCGGUUCUGUUGCUUUGGUGCACAUCGCUGCACAUGGCAGCAUGGAAACGGGCGAAAUUGCCUUGGCGUCAAAUAAUGGUGAGAUGGAUUUUAUUUUGACGAUGAAAGAUGUAAAGCGUGUUCACAUUCGUGCAAGACUGGUUGUACUCAGCUGUUGUCAUAGUGCUCAUGGAAUAAUCAAAGCAGAGGGUGUAGUUGGCAUAGCACGAGCGUUUUUAGGUGCCGGUGCUCGUUCUGUUCUAGUUUCGUUGUGGGCGAUUGAUGACAAGGCCACUCUUGAGUUUAUGAAAAAUUUCUAUGAACAUCUUGUGAAGGGAAAAAGUGCAAGUGAAGCCUUAAACCAAGCAAUGAACUGCAUGAGAGAAUCUGAGGAGUUUAGCGCAGUUAAGUACUGGGCACCGUUUGAACUCAUUGGUGAUGACGUCACAUUAGAACUUUCUGAAUUUGAAUGAGUUUUUUUAAAGGGUAAACGUUAUUCUGUUUUUUGAAAAUACUCUUAUCGUGCUCUAGUCACAGGAAUGCUUCCCGCGCGAUUUCACAUCUCAUCAUGCUUGCAGCAACAAUGAAAUAACUAGGUCAUUAAUAGAAUGUAUAGGGGUAAUCUUGACCUGGUAUGACUAUAGCAGUGAAUUUGUUUCUGUAACAACGCAGGCUCAUUAAUCCCGGCUAGGUUUUAGGCUUUUUAUAUAGCUCCUUUUCAUUUUAAAGCUGUUACAUGUACCAUACUUAAUUCCUUUAUCGAUUCUACUGGCUACAUUUUGAAAGUUCUUAGUUUUUCAUUGGACGUAAACAUCACCUUUCGCAAUGUUUGGUACUCUAUUAAAUGGCAUAUUAAAAAAAAUUACGUUGAUUGUCCCCUUCUUUGUUUUUGAUAUAAAUAUUGUCGGAUCAGAUAAAUUAGUUUUGUGAUCUGAGGCCAAAAAAAUUUUAAGAUAUAUCGAUUUCCAGACUUUAAAUAUUGGAUGAUAAACAUACCUUUUGUUUUUUGUCUUGCAGGUGAUGAAGAAAGGAACAGAGUGCCAAAUAAACCUUUAGCUGGUCUCUUUUAUGGAGGGUAUCAGCUUCGUUUUCCUUACAAAUUGUCUUGAUACAUAGAUUUUUUUGCUUACAGAGUAUGUUUAUUCUUUUUCUUGAAAAGGAGAACCUUUUCCUAUGGACGAUUUAAAUAUCAAGACAUCUGAAGUUAAGUCAGCGGUUGAGGUUUUGACGAGCUACCGACAAUCUGAAGCAUAAAGUAACCAUUAGAUUCUUUUAAAUAAGAGGCAAGUUUUUAGUCUGCUGCACAGCCG